AUGGGUUUUGAAAGAGUUGUUUUUGAAGCUUCACCAGAGAGAGAAAGCAAGAACCUGCUUGUUGGACCUCCUUCCAUGGCGACCAAUAAAGGAAGCAACCACUCAACUCAAGUAUUAUCAAAUUUAAACCAACAAGAAGAACAACUACUACAACUGCACCACCAGAGUCAACAGCUUCAAGAACAUCAUAAUCAUCAGCAACACAAUCAGAUGUCUUUUGGAAUGAUGCAAUCACCUUUAUCAUCCUCAACCAUUCCUGGAAGCUUCAUAAUAAAAGAUGCUCUCUCUCUCUCCGGGCUUUGGACUAAUCAUUUGGGGGGAUUCAUGUGUGCAGAAAAUUCUGGGAUGAGGCCACCAACUUUGAACAUUUUUCCUUCUCAGCCCAUGCAUGUAGAGCCAAUAUCAACAAAGGGAAGCAGUGGAUUAGUUCCUCCAGCUACAAGUGGUUCAAAGAGACCAUCUGAGCCGUCCAUGGAGCUCCAAACCACAAAAAAUGAUGUUGCUUCUGGGCCUGAACCAGCCAAGGCCGUCAAGCGUGAGGGAAACCGCAAAGGUGCAACAUCAAGUUCAGAGCAGGAAGGACCCAAAACACCAGACCCUAAGGCCUAUGUUCAGCAACUAGAGACAAGUAGGAUCAAGCUUACUCAGUUGGAACAAGAAAUACAAAGAGCUAGAUCUCAGGGUUUUUACUUUAAUGGAGGUGCUGUUGUGGGAGGAGGAGACCAAGGUCUUCCUGUUCCUAUGGGCAACUUAAGCUCGGAUGCUGCAGUUUUCGACAUGGAGUAUGCAAGAUGGCUGGAAGAACACCAUCAGAUCAUGUGCGAGCUCCGAGCGGCUGUACAAGAGCAUUUGCCGGAGAACGAGUUACGGCUAUUUGUGGACAACGGCUUAGCACAUUAUGAUGAGAUGAUGAACCUGAAAAGUAUGGUCGCCAAAUCCGAUGUGUUUCAUCUUGUUUCUGGCAUGUGGAAGACUCCGGCAGAGCGAUGCUUCAUGUGGAUGGGAGACUUCCGGCCAUCUGAGCUCAUCAAGAUUAUUCUAAACCAAAUUGAGCCAUUAUCGGAACAACAGCUCUUGGGCAUCUGUGGAUUGCAACAAUCGACACAGGAGGCCGAAGAAGCUCUAUCUCAAGGCCUUGAUGCUCUGAAUCAAUCUCUCUCAGACACCAUUGCUUCUGAUUCACUGAGCUGCCCUCCAAACAUGGCCAACUACAUGGGCCAAAUGGCCAUAGCCAUGAACAAGCUCUCCACCGUAGAAGGUUUUGUCAGACAGGCAGAUAAUCUGAGGCACCAAACACUUCAUCGGCUGCAUCAAAUCCUGACGACCCGUCAAGCAGCAAGAUGUUUUCUGGCGAUCGGCGAGUAUUUCCACCGCCUCAGGGCUCUUAGCUCUCUCUGGUUGGCACGUCCACCACAGGAAUGA